CUUUUUCGUGGCCAUUACAUAAGUAUUAUAUUUAUUUUCUAUUACUAUAUUAAGCAAUGCAGAAUUUUCGAACAUAAGUCUGGUUUGGUCAACAUAUUUGUAGGUGUUUGAGAAUAUAGUACUCACAACGUGACUUUGUUUUCUUGGUUUACUUUUUCUUUUGUUAACAUGUUUGUUUCUUAAAUUGAUCCAAAGAUAUAGUUCUUGUAGACACAAUAACACAUGGGGAAGAAGAGGAUCAUGUUCUUUGCUUCCUUGCUCUUAAUUACCAUCUUUUUAAGUUUCAGCUAUGCAGGGAUAACGAGAGAAAGUCCUCUGUCAAUAGGAAAAACUCUCAGCUCCUCUAAUGGAGUUUAUGAAUUGGGAUUCUUCAGUUUUAAUAACUCCCAAAAUCAGUAUGUUGGAAUCUGGUUCAAGGGUAUCAUUCCCCGGGUGGUUGUGUGGGUGGCCAAUAGAGAAAAGCCUGUUACAGACUCUGCAGCAAAUUUAACUAUCAGCAGCAAUGGAAGUCUUCUGUUGUUUAAUGAAAAUCAUAGCGUUGUGUGGUCCAUUGGAGAAACUUUUGCAUCUAACGGGUCUCGUGCGGAGCUUACAGACAACGGAAAUUUAGUUGUCAUAGACAAUAAUUCGGGAAGAACUCUAUGGGAAAGCUUUGAGCAUUUUGGUGACACUAUGCUACCUUUCUCAAACCUGAUGUAUAAUCUUGCCACAGGUGAGAAGCGGGUGUUGACUUCUUGGAAAAGUCACACUGAUCCAUCGCCUGGCGAUUUUACGGUUCAGAUUACACCGCAAGUUCCAUCCCAGGCGUGUACUAUGAGAGGCUCAAAGACUUAUUGGAGAAGCGGUCCAUGGGCUAAAACAAGGUUCACCGGGAUACCUGUAAUGGAUGACACAUAUACAAGUCCAUUCAGCCUUCAGCAAGAUACAAACGGGUCAGGAUCCUUCACUUAUUUUGAAAGAAACUUCAAACUUUCAUAUAUAAUGAUAACAUCAGAAGGCUCACUGAAGAUUUUUCAGCAUAAUGGAAUGGACUGGGAAUUAAACUUCGAGGCUCCAGAAAAUUCAUGCGAUAUUUACGGCUUUUGUGGACCUUUUGGAAUUUGUGUUAUGUCAGUACCUCCAAAGUGUAAAUGCUUCAAAGGGUUUGUACCAAAAUCCAUUGAGGAGUGGAAAAGAGGAAACUGGACUGAUGGUUGUGUGAGGCAUACUGAACUACAUUGCCAAGGAAACACUAAUGGUAAAACUGUAAACGGCUUCUAUCACGUUGCCAACAUAAAGCCUCCAGACUUUUACGAAUUUGCAAGUUUUGUGGAUGCUGAAGGAUGCUACCAAAUUUGCCUCCACAAUUGUUCUUGCUUGGCCUUUGCUUAUAUCAAUGGAAUAGGUUGCUUAAUGUGGAACCAAGACCUAAUGGACGCAGUGCAAUUUUCUGCAGGGGGAGAAAUUCUUUCCAUUCGCCUUGCAAGUUCUGAACUAGGUGGAAAUAAGCGCAACAAAAUCAUUGUUGCUAGUAUUGUGAGCCUUUCUCUUUUUGUGAUACUGGCUUUUGCUGCGUUUUGUUUCUUGAGAUACAAAGUGAAACAUACCGUUUCAGCGAAGAUAUCAAAGAUUGCUUCAAAAGAGGCAUGGAAUAAUGAUCUAGAGCCACAAGAUGUCUCAGGUUUAAAGUUCUUUGAGAUGAAUACCAUUCAAACUGCCACUGAUAAUUUCAGUCUCUCAAAUAAACUAGGACAAGGUGGAUUUGGCUCAGUUUACAAGGGAAAGCUGCAAGAUGGGAAAGAAAUUGCUGUAAAACGGCUUUCUAGCAGCUCCGGACAGGGAAAAGAGGAGUUCAUGAAUGAAAUAGUACUCAUCUCGAAACUACAACAUAAAAACUUGGUUAGGAUUCUGGGAUGUUGCAUUGAAGGAGAAGAGAGGCUGUUGGUAUAUGAGUUUUUGCUGAACAAAAGCCUUGAUACUUUUCUCUUCGAUUCAAGAAAAAGGCUUGAGAUUGACUGGCCUAAGAGAUUUAAUAUCAUUGAAGGCAUUGCGCGUGGGCUUCACUAUCUCCACCGUGACUCAUGCCUCAGGGUCAUUCACCGUGAUCUUAAGGUUAGCAAUAUUCUUCUGGAUGAGAAGAUGAACCCAAAAAUAUCAGACUUUGGAUUGGCUCGGAUGUAUCAGGGAACCGAAUAUCAGGACAACACUCGUAGGGUUGCAGGAACUCUAGGAUAUAUGGCUCCCGAGUAUGCAUGGACUGGGAUGUUCUCUGAGAAAUCAGAUAUCUACAGUUUUGGAGUUAUACUGUUGGAAAUCAUCACCGGGGAGAAGAUCUCAAGAUUCAGCUAUGGUAGACAAGGAAAAACCCUUCUUGCAUAUGCAUGGGAAUCUUGGUGUGAAAGUGGAGGAAUCGAUCUUUUGGAUAAAGAUGUUGCUGAUUCAUGUCACCCAUUAGAAGUUGAGAGAUGUGUGCAGAUUGGUUUGCUAUGUGUUCAACACCAACCUGCUGAUAGACCAAACACAAUGGAGUUGUUGUCUAUGCUCACCACAACAUCAGAUCUUACAUCACCAAAACAGCCCACAUUUGUAGUGCACACGAGAGAUGAAGAAUCUCUGUCUCAGGGUUUGAUCACCGUCAAUGAGAUGACCCAAUCUGUGAUCCUUGGGCGUUAAGAAACUGUGUGAUAUGGAAAAUUUUUACAGUUGAAAUGUUUGGAUUGUACAUUAGGUUCUUGGCCUAACACGCUAGCUAACAGGGAUAUGAAAAUGACAAUGUUGUUAUGUGAGCUCAAUGAAAAAGAAACGUUUAAUGAUAGCAGUCUAACGUUCUCGUCUAG